UUCCGAAAUAACGCCUUCUGCUAUCGAAGACAGUCUUGCGUCUGUAAAGUGAUAAAAUAAUUUUACAAUUGAAUCGCCUUGGGAAUUUCAGUCACUGUCCCAGCGCCAAAUACAUUAUUCGUGUUACAGCCUGAUUAAGUCGAACAACACAGCAUUUGCCGGAAUCGUUAGCGAAUAGCAACACUCUCCGCUAAUUCGGCACGCUAAUUGGCAAAACCGAUUCGAUUCCAGGGAAGGAGACACACUGAUAGACGGGUGAAGAACAAAAGGAGAAGGAAAACAACAGUUAAUCGUCAAAUUUUACAGGCAAAAGGCAGUCCACAAUGAGCUCCGCGGAGGAAAACAGCAACAGCCCGGCCACCACGCCUCAGGACAACGAGCCCACCGAGCAGGCCAACCUCACGGAUCUCGAGAAGAUCGAGGAGGAGAAACUCAAGUCCAAGUAUCCCAGCGGAAUGCGCGUGCCGGGCGGACACUCGGCCUUCCUCCAGAAAAGGCUGCAGAAGGGGCAAAAGUUCUUCGACUCGGGCGAUUACCAGAUGGCCAAGCAGAAGGGUGGCGGCGUCAAGCAGGUCUUUGCCAACAAGGUGACCACCGGGGAGGCCAUUCCCACGCCCGAAACUGUGCCGGCGCGCAAGACUUCGAUCAUCCAACCCUGUAACAAGUUCCCGGCGACGAGCUAAUUUACUCACCACUCAACACUCACCUCUACUGUAUCCACAACCUCAAGUGCAGCCAGUUCCCCGUUCCCCACUUCAAAUGCUCUAUACCUAAUUUUAAAGAAAAACCUAAUGCUAAGAUGGCUGCUGCCGGAUUGUGCGGGCAUUUCGCGACAGUUUACAACUGAAAUUCUAGCUCCCUGUUCAGUGUUUCCCCCGUUUAAUUCAAUCGCCAUCCGCACUGGCCAAUCAAUCUCAAGAUCCCCUCAUCAGUACAUCUCUCAGGCCGGGGAAGCGGAGAUGGCGAGCCGAGCAGCGCGAAAUUUAUUGCAACAGUUAUAUAUAUCUCUAUCUUUGUAACAUUAAACUAACUUACCCUCGUCGUACGUAGUUGUAAGUAUUACGAGCAUAAUAAAUUUAAGUUGGAGCCAGCCACACACACACGUUCUCGUACAUUACUGGGAUUCCAUCAACUUCUUAACAUUUUUAAAAAAAAGUUCGCCAUGCUCUAUGGGAAAUGUUUUUAUAUUUUAUUUUCAUUCAUUUUAUAAGCAGUUGACGGAAUUUCACCUAACUAAUUGAUAAUAAAAUAGGUGCUGCUGCUUGCAGAGCUAAAUUUUUGAGGCAAAAACCAAACAGUCGAGUUAAAAUGAAUUUGUAAAUCAAGCAGAGCUAAAAUAAAUGUAUGUACGUAUA